CGACUCUGGAGGAUCACACCGACGCACUCCGCGCGCUCGUGUCCGCAGGUGCAGACGUCAACCGUGCCGCCAGCGACGGGGCCACGCCGCUCCACAUGGCCGCCAUGGAGAACAGCAAGGAGGCCGUGCGGCUGCUCGUGGCCGGUCGGGCGAGCGUGGACCAGGCGGCCGUGGGCGGCCGCACGCCGCUGUUCACCGCCGCGCAGGUGAACAACACGGAGGCGAUGCAGGAGCUGAUCACGGCGGGGGCCGACCUGAACCGGGGGGACAAGAACCACGAUAUACGCCCGUGUACGUGGCGGCGAAGAACUGCAGUUCGGAGGCCCUGCGGCAGCUGGUCCUCGCGCGCGCAGACAUCGACGGGGCCAACAGCAGCGGCGCCUCGGCGGUGUUUGUGGCGGCCAGGAACAUGAACUCCUCGCUGAUGCGGCAGCUGCUGCUGGCCCGAGCCAGCGCCAACCGUGCGAGCUCGAGCGGCGCGACGCCCCUGCUUCUGGCCGCGCAGCACGGCUGCGUGGACAUCAUCCGGCAACUGGUGUCCGCGAGGGCGGAGGUGAACCGGGGCCUGCGGGAUGGCCUGACGCCGCUGCUCGCCGCGGCGCGCAGGGACCACGCCGGGGCCGUGAGGGCGCUGGCGGCGGCGGGGGCCGACGUCCACCUGGCUGACAGGCUCGGCGCCUCGCCCUUGCUCGCCGCCGCGGCCGCGAACAGCCCGGGCGCCGUCCGCGAGCUGCUCCUCUGCAGGGCCGACGCCGACCAGGCCAACAGGAACGGGGCGACCCCCGUCUUCGCCGCGGCGCGGGCCGACGGCGCCGACGCCCUCUGGCAGCUGAUCGCCGCCCGCGCAGACGUGGACCUCGCGGGCAGCGACGGGGGCGGGGCUGGCCAUCUGUCCUAG